CUAAUGCGGGCACUGUUUUGAGAAGUACAAAAGUGAACAAGACAGACAAAAGUGCCCGCUCUCAUGGAGCUCAGGAGCCUUCAUUUUAGCAAGAGUAGUAGGACAAUAAACAUUAGACAUGAUAUAUAAGUAACUUGUGCACCAUGUUGGAAAGUGAUAAAGCACUUUAGAGAAGAAGAAUAAUUAAUGUAAAACAAGAUGCCUCAGGUCAUUGGUGAUUCUUUAUUUUCCCUUACGGUCACAUUCUUCUCUUUACCAAUUAUGUGGGAAAACAAGAUGUGAAGUCACCCCUGACUUAAUGUUUCUGAUGAGCCCCAACCCCAAGGCAAUGUUUGACACAUCAAACCAAACAGCAGCUUCCCCGUGGGCCAGCAAGGGCCCUUUGCCUGGGAACACCAAACUGGUGUCCCCAGAAAGAGGCUAACAUCUACAGGAGCAACUUCAUAACUUGUUUAGUAGCUGGAGCUAACCAGCAGAGAGAGUGGAAGACUAAAAGAAACCCGGGUGAAAAUAUGCAGCAGGUUGUGCUGUCAAGUGAGAAUCCAAGACCACCAGGCCAGCUACUUUGGAUUCCUACGGAUACCCAGCUACUUCAAGAAAAAGCUUUACCAACUCAAUACCCUACGUUACCUAAAGAUGGAAGCCAAGGAAACCUCCCAGGAGUAGACAUCAUAUUUAACCAGGCCCAAGACAACAGGAACAUACUGUUUCAGGAGUCAGUGACAUUUGAGGAUGUAGCUAUAAACUUCACUACUAAGGAGUGGCAGAGUCUGACCUACUCUCAGAAGAUUCUCUACAAAGAUGUAAUGUUGGAAAAUUAUGGGAACAUGGUAUCCCUUGGACUUCCAUUUCAUAAACCUCCUUUGAUCUCUCAUCUGGAGCAAGGAACAGAACCCUGUGUUCAGGAUCCAAAUGAUGAGGAGUCCCUGAGCUGCACCUAUCCAGUGUCAAUUGGCAAGACAUGGCCUGAGAAUAAGACAGCAAGUUUAGAACAAGAGGUUUUUGAGAACAGAGAAGUCUGCUGGGUAAAAUGUGACAGUCUUCUAAAAGUUGUUUCCCAGGAUCCUGAGAUUCCAGAAUUUUGUGUACAAGAUGUCAAAGUAGAGAACCAAUGGAUAACACCCAUAAGAGAGAAAUUGAAAGAAGAGAAAGAAGACUCUGAGGAAUUGACCUUCAAGAAAGGAAAGAACCAGAAGGCACUGGGAAAAAACUUCAAUCCGAACUCAAAAUGUAUUCCAUAUAAUAGAGUUCUUACAGAACAUAAACUCCAUGAAUGUACCAAAUGUGGCAGAAACUUCAGCUGGCAUUCAGACCUAAUUCUCCAUGAGCAAAUUCAUUCUGAUAAGAAAUCCCAUGUGUGUAAUGAGUGUGGAAAAGCAUUCAAGACCAGAAAUCAACUUUUUAUGCACCAGAUAAUCCACACAGGGGAGAAACCCUUUAAGUGUACCCAGUGUGGGAAGGCUUUCAACAGUAGGUCAUCGCUUUGCCGGCAUAUGAAAACCCACAGUGUGGAGAAGCCUCACAAGUGCCAGAACUGUGGGAAGGCCUUCAAGACCAGGAACUGUCUCAAUGUACAUCAGAUGAUCCACACAGGGGAGAAGCCUUACAAAUGUAAUGACUGUGGGAAAGCCUUUCAGUGUAAGCAUUCCCUUACCACCCAUGGCAGAAUCCACACUGGAGAGAAACCAUAUGAAUGUGAGGAGUGUGGGAAGGCUUUCGGUGGGAGAUCAGAUCUCACCAAACACACAAGAAUCCACACCAGGGAACAACCUUAUAAGUGCAAAGAGUGUGGGAGGGCCUUCCGUGGGAGCUCAGACCUAAGCAAACACAAAAGAAUUCACACUCGGGAGAAACACUUUUGGUGCCCCCAGUGUGGAAAAGCCUUCAGUAUCAAGGCAGAGCUCAGCAAACAUGAAAGAGUCCACAGUGAAGAGAAACCUUACACGUGUGAGGAGUGUGGGAAAGCCUUUCGUCAUAACUGUAAGCGCAGAGCUCAUGAACGAGGACACACUGGGGAGAAGCCUUACCCAUGUGGGGACUGUGGGAAAACUUUCCAGGAUCGACACUGCCUUGCUAUCCAUCAAAGAAUCCACACUGGAGAGAAACCUUACAAAUGCUUAGAGUGUGGCAAAGCUUUCAGUGGGAAGUCUAACUUGACCAAUCAUCAAAGAAUCCACACUGGAGAGAAACCUUACAAAUGUGAGGGGUGUGGAAAAGCUUUUCAUCAUAGUUCAGUGCUGAGGCAGCACAAAAGAAUCCACACAGGUGAGAAGCCAUACACCUGCAGUGAGUGUGGCUUGUCAUUCCGCCAGCGCUCAGCUCUGAUUGGACAUAAGCGAGUUCAUACUGGAGAGAAACCUUAUGCAUGUGAGGAGUGUGGGAAAGCUUUCAGAGUGAGUUCAAAUCUUACUGGCCAUAAGAGAAGAAAACAUGGAGUCUGGAGAUGCCAUGGGCUUCAUGGGAGUGGUAAAUCCCCUUCUCCAGUGACCAUUUCCCAGCCCUUCUCAGCAUCAGUGUCUUGACUACCAAUGCCUGAGUGUAGUGAUUUGGGUUUUUAUACUUUCCAUUUUUCCUUCUACCUCUUAGACUAAUCCUCCUUGUUCUAUAUUGGGGUAGGUUUACUUUGCCUCCUCUUUCUAUACAGUGUAAGAAUACAGCCUAUGGUAAGCACCAGGAGACCACAUUUUUUUCAAUUGCUGAGCAUUGAAACUUAAACCUGAAUAGUUCUUCAUAUUGAAUCGGAAUUGUUGAGAUUCAGGGUGAAAGGGAGUUGGGG